AUGUCUAUCUCCAAAUCAUGUGCCACAAGGCUACAGAAGGAGUACAAGGCCAUCGUCCGGGAAUGGCACUUUGUACUGCAAGGCCAGGAUGAGUUCAAGGGCGGAGUGUACCAUGGAAAGAUCACCUUCCCCUCUUCCUACCCAUACAAGCCGCCCUCGAUCCUGAUGUUCACCCCAAACGGCAGGCACGCUGGUUUGGGGAUUGGUAAUGGUCACGGGAAGCUGUGCAAGCGUUCGUUUGCGACCAACACCAAGCUGUGCAUGAGCAUGACCGACUUCCACCCGGAGAGCUGGAAUCCAAUGUGGUCGGUAGGCACCAUCCUGACCGGCCUGCUCUCCUUCAUGUACGACUCCGCCAACAGCACAGGCGUGGUGACCUCCACGCCCGCAGAGAAGGCGGCCCUGGCGGCCCAGUCCCUGGCGUUCAAUGUGCGCAGCCCUACCUUCCGCAAGCUCUUCCCCCACUGGGUGGCGAGGCACGAGGAGGCCCAGCGCGCUGCCCCCCCUCCGGGAAUGGGGGGGGGUUGCAGACCCCCGGAACAGGAUGCGGCAGAGGGGCCGGCGGGGCCUGCGUCGGCGCCAGCAGCCGCAGCCCCCGCGCCUCCACCCGCGGCUGCCCCAGUUCUCACGAGUUGGAGCUUCCUGGCAGCAGCCCUACUGGUGGCGGGGGGGGCAGUCGCGCUGGGCAUCCUGCACCUGAGUCGGGUUGCGGAGCAAUGA